GGGGAGCGAGCGAGACCCCGCGGCCGGCGGGGCCCGGUGUGUCUGCGCGGCGCCGUGUCUCCAUGGCGCCGGCAUCGCCCUGAAGGCGGCGGCACCGGCGGCGGCGGAUUCCCUAGGCCGCGUCCUCGUCCUCGGCCUUGAGUGAUCUCGAUGCCGAGCACCUCGGACGCGGCGGCUGGCGGGAGCGGGGGCAGCCGGGGCUGGGCGAGCGGCGGCGGCGGCGGGAGCAGCAGCAGCUCGGCGGUGGAGGCGGCGGCCGACAAGAAGCGGCUGCAUCACCGGAGACGGAAGCGCUUCGCGGCCCAGCCGCAGCCCCCCCCGCCGCCGCCGGCCCCUCACCCGCUGCUCUUCCCGCUCCUGCAGCCGCCCCUCCUGCAGCCGCCGCUCCUGCAGCCGCCGCUGCCGCCGCAGUCCCUGCUCUUCCUGGCGGCCACCGGCGCCUCCUCCUGCUGCGGGGACGGCGGGGAGCGGAAGCGGCCGCGGGGCAAGCGGCGUUCGGGCUCGCGGCACAAGCGGCGGCGGGGCCGCGGGGGCGGCGGCGGCGGCGGCGCCCAGGAGGCGGAGAAGCGGCGCGGUAGCGGUAGCGGGGGGCUGAGCACCCUGGUGGAGGAGUACGACGACGUGAGCUCCCAGUCCGAAGGGCUGGUGGGCAGCGGCGCGGCCGGCACCGGCGGCGCGGGCAGCGGUGGGGGGAGCCCGGCCUCCUCCUCGGGCGGCGGCGGCGGGAGCCAGCGACAGCGGGGCGAGUCGGAGCGGAGCAGCCGCUCACGCCGGGAGCACCGCAGCAGCAGCGGCCGCUCCAAGGAGCGGCACCGCGAGCACCGCCGGCGCGGCGAGGAGAAGCCGCAGCAGGAGGGGGCAGCGGCCCGCGGGGGAACCGAGGCCUCCUCGUCCUCCUCCAAGUCCCGCAGCCGCCACAACCACACCGGGGGCCAGGACCGGGAGGGACUCAAGAGCAGCAGCGGUGGCGACAGCCGCAGGAAGGGCUCCCUCGCCUCCCCCGGCAGCGGCAGGAAAGAGCGGGAGAGCAAAGCGCACCGCAGCCGGACUAAAGCGGCCAAGGAGCCGCCCUCGGCCUACAAGGACCCGCCGAAGGCCUACCGAGACGACAAGCCCGAGCCCAAGGCCUACCGGCGGCAGCGCUCCUCGCCCAGCCCCGGCCGGGAUGACAGCCCACCGCUGCACCGCUCCUCGCAGAGCCAGCGGAGCCGCAAGUCGCUCAGCCCCCUGGGUGGCCGCUCGCCCCUCAGCCCCUACAGCCGCCGCCGCUCCCCCAGCUACAGCCGGCACAGCUCCUACGAGCGCGGCGGGGAUGUGUCGCCCAGCCCCUACAGCAGCUGGCGCCGGUCACGGAGCCCUUACAGCCCUGUCAUCCGGAGGUCAGCAAAAUCUCGAAGCAGGAGUCCAUAUUCAUCAAGGCACUCAAGGUCUCGUAGCAGACACAGGUUAUCUAGAUCCAGGAGUCGUCACUCAAGUAUUUCACCAAGUACACUGACUCUGAAGAGUAGCCUGGCUGCUGAGUUGAACAAAAACAAAAAAGCAAGAGCUGCUGAAGCAGCCAAAGCCAGUGCAAAAGCUUCAAACACUUCUACACCUACUAAGGGAAGCACUGACACUGCUGUAAGUGUGCCUCAAGUGAACAAUGUGAAGGACCUGAAGAAAAUAAAAACUGAGCAUACACCUUCUCCUACAAGCGGUGCAAAUUUGAAAAAUGAUAAGGCAAAAGCGAAGGUCCCUCUUCCAGAAACAAAAGGGGAGAAUAAUUUAAUUGCAGAGAAAAUUACUAAGCAGAAAGCUACAGCAGUAAAAGAGAAUAAAUUAGCUGCUGUAAAACAGCAACCGGCCACUGUAAAAGAGAAAAGCAAACCGAGUGCACCAAGUGUAGUAACCAAGGAGAAGGAUCGAAAUGUUGCACUACCAACUUCCACACUGCCACCCUUGCCUUUGCCUCCCAUGCUGCCUGAAGAUAAAGAUCCUGAUAGUUUACGAGAGAAUAUUUCAGUGAAGUCAGUUAAAGAAGCAGAGAAGAAGCUUCGCCAUCUGCUUGCAGACUUGCCGCUCCCACCUGAGUUGCCUGGAGCAGCUGACUUAUCCAAAAGUCCUGAAGAAAAGAAACCAACAGCUCAGCUACACAGCAAGAGGAGACCGAAAAUAUGUGGACCACGACACGGUGAAACUAAAGAAAAAGAAAUAGACUGGGGAAAGCGCUGUGUGGAUAAAUUUGACAUCAUUGGGAUUAUUGGUGAAGGCACUUAUGGGCAAGUUUACAAAGCUAGAGAUAAAGACACAGGAGAAAUGGUGGCACUAAAGAAAGUACGUCUGGAUAAUGAAAAGGAAGGGUUUCCAAUUACAGCUAUUCGGGAGAUUAAGAUUCUUCGACAGCUUAAUCACCAAAGCAUUAUCAAUAUGAAGGAAAUAGUGACAGAUAAGGAAGAUGCUUUAGACUUCAAGAAGGACAAAGGUGCAUUUUAUCUGGUAUUUGAAUAUAUGGACCAUGACUUGAUGGGACUGCUGGAAUCUGGUUUGGUUCAUUUUAAUGAAAAUCAUAUAAAAUCAUUCAUGAGACAGCUGAUGGAGGGCUUGGCCUAUUGCCAUAAGAAGAACUUUUUGCACAGAGAUAUCAAAUGUUCAAAUAUUCUACUAAAUAAUAGAGGGCAGAUUAAGCUUGCAGAUUUUGGGCUUGCUCGGCUGUACAACUCAGAAGAAAGCCGACCAUAUACCAACAAAGUUAUUACGUUGUGGUAUCGGCCCCCUGAACUUCUACUUGGAGAAGAAAGAUACACACCAGCUAUUGAUGUCUGGAGCUGUGGCUGCAUCCUGGGUGAACUUUUUACAAAAAAGCCAAUAUUUCAAGCAAAUCAAGAACUUGCUCAACUGGAACUUAUAAGCCGAAUUUGCGGGAGUCCCUGUCCAGCAGUGUGGCCUGAUGUUAUAAAAUUAGCUUAUUUCAACACAAUGAAACCAAAGAAGCAGUAUCGUCGAAAACUGAGAGAAGAGUUUGCUUUUAUCCCACCAGCUGCACUAGAUCUGUUUGAUUAUAUGCUUGCUUUGGAUCCCAGCAAGCGCUGUACAGCCGAACAAGCUCUUCAGUGCGAGUUUUUGCGCGAUGUGGAACCAUCAAAAAUGCCUCCCCCAGACCUUCCUUUGUGGCAGGAUUGCCAUGAGCUGUGGAGUAAGAAACGCAGAAGACAGAAGCAGAUGGGCAUGACUGAUGACACAACAGCAGCAAAAGUCCCUAGGAAGGAUCUGUCUCUAGGCAUGGAUGAGAGCAGAACCAACACCCCACAAGGCAUGCAAACUUCUUCCCAACUCAAAACUCAGGGCAACUCUAGUGUAGCACUUGCAAAAACAAGCACUGGACAGCAGUUAAACCAGAAUGAAGUGGCAAUCCUGCUAAACCUGCUACAGUCUAAAACAAGUGUUAGUUUGGCACAGUUUGCCCAAGUGUUGAAUAUUAAGGUAAACCCAGAGACUCAGCAGCAACUAAAUAAAAUAAAUCUUCCUGCUGGAAUUUUGUCAGCAGGUGAAAAACAAUCAGAACAGCAGCAGCAGCAGCAGCCGCCGCCGCCUCCGCCACCACCACCAGAACAGGAGCCUCUAAAACAGCCCACCGUCACGCAGCCUCCUGUACCACCCGCUCAGCUGAGUCAGCCUAAAGUUGAGACUGACGCUGCCCAGGCAGCCGUCCAGAGUGCGUUUGCUGUUCUGUUGUCUCAGUUAAUAAAGGCUCAGCAAACAAAACAGAAAGAUUUCGUGUUGGAGGAGAAGGAGAACGGAUCAGGAAACGAAAUGUCGUUGCAACUCAGGCAGCCUCCAGAGCCCACCACUCCUGCAUCCGUCAGCCGGGACGAGGUGGAAUCUCCGGCCCCCGUUUACCCACAUCUGAUCAAGUCAUUAUAUACGUCUGCAGGUCAAGAGGACUUGGUUAGGCAGUCUGAGAUGAGGCUUCUAAACCGAACGCCCGAACAAGAACGCCCUCGCAUCCUGCCUCCAGACCAGCGUCCCCCAGAGCCACCAGAGCCUCCCCCUCUCACUGAUGAAGACCUUGAUUAUCGGACAGAGAACCAGCAUUUGCCUAUAACUAACUCUUCAGGAACAGAUCCUCAUGCAGGAGUGAAAGCAGCUCUUCUACAGCUGCUUGCUCAGCAUCAAGCUCAGGCAACGACAGAGGAGCCAGUACAAACGAGUGCGGAUUAUCAGGCUAGAGACACCUAUGUGACAGGCCCAGACUACAAGGAUAACUUUGGAUCAUCUUCCUUCUCGUCCGCCCACUAUGGUAGUAGUGAUGGAAUAGGAAGUGGAUCGUCGGGAGCGUUGGAAAGGAGGAGCUUCCUCGGAAACUCGGAUAUUCAGCCUUUGGAUAACUACAGUACUGCUUCAUCUCACUCUGGCACUGCGCCUCCUCCGUCUGCCUUUUCGGAAUCCUUUCCCAGCUCAGUAACUGGUUAUGGAGACAUUUACCUCAACACUGGUCCCAUGCUGUUUAGUGGAGACAAAGACCAUAGGUUUGAAUACAGCCACGGCCCGAUCUCAGUUCUGGGAAACAGCGGUGACACUUCCACGGGGCCAGAGAGUACUCAUUCUUUGCCUGCAAAGAUGCACAACUAUAGCUAUGGAAGUAAUUUACAGGAAAAUCCUAGUGCUAUCGGCCACAUGCAUGGACAAACUUGGACUUCUCCUGCCCAAGGACCUGGCUUUUCCCAAGGAUACAGGGGACACAUUAGCACAUCUGCAGUGAGAGGGCGAGGCAGAGGAUUACCAUAUUGAGUAUCUGUUUUUCCUCAGGCACAUCAUUUUUACCUGGAAAAACUUUGUUUUCUAGCUGCAGUUUAAAGCAGCACUUCAGCAGACUUGAAUAAUGUUAAUUCAACAGCUUUAUUUUUAUGUGGAAAAGGGUCUUGCAUACAGUAGGAAAAUUUAAAAAUGCUUAAAACUCAUGCUGUCUGAAAACUAGAUAAAUUGAUUGUACAUGUUCACAAACUCUAGUUCUGAAUUUUAUUUUGUAUUUUGGCAGUUUUAAGUGGAUGCUAAAUUUAGGGACAUCAGCUUUUUAUGGCACUCUUUCAGAUCUUCUGAACUAUGCACAUUUGUGCUUUUUUUUGUAAGUUUGGACCAACUUUUAUGUAAAAAAAAAAUUUUACAACAAUCAAAGCAGGGCACUGAUUUAUUUGGUAUUUUUCUUUUUACAGAACUACCUUUAGUCAAAGGUCACUGUCAGUCUUUGCACUGCUUUCAGUGUUAUUGUGGAAGGUGUACUUUGUGCUCAUUUCAGAUAAUAAAACACAACCUUUCUCUUGAUGCAAAAUUUUAUAAAUAUUUGGUCAAUGUUAUUUUCCUUUUCUUUCAAAAAGAAAAAAAGAAUUGAUGUUCUGGUAAAAUGUUCGUUCCAUCUCCCAGGCUUGUUUAUAUAAAAACUGUUUUACUUGAAUGGUAAGUGCCUUAACAUGUAAGCUUAAGGUCUGCAAAAAUUUGGAAGUACUUCAUAGGUUGAUGUGAAAAUUAAUACCUAAAGCUAGGUAGUUAACAUGAAAAAUCAAAUAAUAGUAGGCAAUUCAAAUAGGUUGUAACCUUGUGGUGUUUAUUUCAGGUGGGCCAGUUAUUCAGAGGCCUAAUCUUGUCUUGAUGAAGUGACAAUUUCCAAAUCGAACUUCCUAACAAACUAUGAAAGUGAGGAGAAGAAUGAGGAGACUAGUUUUUUCCUCAGCUCCCCCUUGGAGUUGUGUUAAUUGCUUUAGUUCCUCUGCCAAAUAAGCUAUACUUUAUAUGUCCUUACCACAUGGUGAAAUAGUUUUUCUCUUAAAUGUCAACAGCAGUAAUUACUUUACUUUGUGUGAAAAGCUGACACUGUCGUCUUUUUACCACAAAUACCGCAUUAUGGAAAGUAACCAAAGGAAAAAUGACCAGUAUUUAAAGCAACAGCAAAACAUUUUGCAGUAGUUAUACUUCUCUGUAAACUGUGAUUGUGCCAACUAAUCAUUUUUAUAUCUGCUAUUCCAUAGAACAUUUCAGUUUUGGAAUCGAGUCUCUUUGAACAGCAGAUAAAAUGACUGUAGUUAAAACUCUUACCAAGAACCACUCCUCAUACUAAUUAUAACUUCCAGCAUGUUUUUUUUCCUUUGACAAGAAGUGGUCUCUCUCCUGCAGAGAGGAGGUAUGGUUAUAUUUUGCAUGUGCAUAAAAGAAUGUUUUAAAGCCCAUAUUGGAAACAAUUUUCCAACUGAUUAUCCAGUUGACAAGUCGGUACCUUAUGUAACUGAGUGUUUAAUUAUUACUUUUUAAAAAGUAAAAUUUCUACUUACACUAUUACAAAUGUAGUCUUGUCAGUGACUUUUUGGAUUUUCAGAAUAGAAGCCAAAGUUGUUGGGAGUCUUCUUUUGUUUUAAUUUAAAAACUUGGUUCUCAUUUAUGGCUAACUACCACAUCGUAGAGUAUGGAAAGCUCGCUUUGCUAACUAGGUAGCGUUCGAGCAUCUAGCAAAUGAGCAGUGGAGAGUCGUGUUGCUUCAGAUGUCCCUGUAAAUCUGGCAGUUGCCCUCACGCGAGGCACGCAGAGGCUCAGCAGAGAAUCCUGCUACCUGAGCAUAAAAUCAACUAAGAACAAAAGCUUGUGACCUGAAUAGCCUCUACUUAAGAAAACAAAACUUUAUGUGAAUGACAGUGCACGGGAAAAUUUUUCUCGAGUAAGAACACCUUAUAAUUUUUCUGCUGGUAAAAAUUAUAAAGGCGAUAUCGUUAGUGUCAGUUAGGAGCGGACAGUGUCAGCUACGGCUUUUUGUUUACUGACUUUAGAAAAAGUAUAAUUCCAGAGUGGUCAAAUACACAAAAGUAGCUUCUCAGAAUCUAGCAGAUGACUUUCAAAGCUCUUAGACAAUUGUUGUCACUGAAAACGUGCAGCUUGGCGUUAUUCUACUGCACUUCAAAUGUAAAUGCAGGUGAUAAUUCAUUAAAAAAGCAGGUAAGUCCAGAUAAAAAGUAGAUCCCAAAGAGAACUAAAUGAUUUGACUUUCAAUACAAAAUGCAAGGAAGGUACGAUAUUUCCUACUGCUUCCCUUUUGGAGGUAAACUUUCAAGUCGUUUAGGUCACCUCAUUUCAUGCAGAGAAGCCAGUCUCCUCCUCUGAACACAUAAAAAGGGACAGUGCAGUUUUAUUAUCGACUGACAGACCUCCGAUGUUGCAUCACUUCAUUGACAUUGGUUUUAGUCUUCAGAUACCAAAAGAACGCCAAGAGCGGCAAUCUCGACUACGAAGAAUUGCAAGGAUUAGCUGGAGUAGAGAGUUGGCUUCCAGAUGGGUCAGAAGCAAACUCUCGCGUGCUGUUGCUGAUGCCUGUUGCACAAAGACUUUCUUCCAAAUUUAGUUUUAAGGAUACUACUAGCCUUCGACUUGGAAAACUAUUUGCCUGCGACAACAGUGUUGCUAUAAUUUGGAGGGGAAGUUGACUUAAAUUUUCCAUACGCGAUAACUCUGAAGAGAUGACCACCUCUGCAAGCAAGGGGAUCUCCUCAGCUCUGUCGCUGCCGGCCUUGCCCCGGGCAGCAGCUCUGCCCGUCCCUGCGGGGCGCCCCGCGGGGUGGCUCCCCGCGAGCCACGCUCGCCUCUGGGCCCCGCGAGCUGCUCGGACCUGCUCCCCCGGCACCGUUCAGACCGCCGGCUGCCUCGGUGCACGGGCAACGGCUUAGACUGUCGGUCCGCGUUCGGUAGCCCCGGACCUGUGCGCUGCUUACCAAAACGUCUUUGGAAUUAAGUCACGUUAGAAGGUGCUUAUGUCAGUUCAGAGUUUAGCCCUUUUGAACAAAUUUCCCUCGGCAGAGCAGAUGUGUGCUCGUCUGGCCUUUUUCCACCGCUGGCUGUUGCGUUUUCGAUCCAGUAGCAGACGCUGUGAGAAGCGCGUGCAUCUCUGUGGAGCAGUGGCUUUAGUUUCUUUCCCUCCCUCUUCCUUUGGUUUUACACUGUCUGCGCUGCAUUUCCGAAGUGUGCUACAGAGAGCUGGACGCUACGUCAAAAAGUAAGUGUUGUGUGUUUGUAUUUCUGAUUAAACAUAGCAAAAUACUGUAAUCAUGGACUAUCAAGUAGUGAGUAUAUUUCAUUAUUUAUAUUACGUGGUCUUUAGCCAUACCAAGAGCAAGAAAAUGAACACAACUGGACUGGCGUGACCAUGACUUAAAACGCUGAGACUAUUACAAUACUUAAAGUUCAGCCAAAGGAAAAGGAAGGAGCUUUUAUCCUGGAUCACUAAUUGUUACCUUGACCAGAAGGAACAGUAGGGGGUGGUUGUAAAAAUAUCUGUAUCUUUAAAUGUUAAUAUAAUUUCCUCAAAGGUAAUUCUAAAAUGGCAAACUUUUUUAUUAUGUUUCCAUAAAACAUGGUCUAUAUUAAAUUUUCUUCUUACCAUGGUAGCGUAAGAUGCUUUAUAUAAGCAGAGGUGAUAAGUGCUGUAACAUAAGUUCUUGAGGUUUUGGGUGUUCUCCUUUUGCUUGGUGCUUGUGGCUGGAGCCAGUUUCACUUUUGAUGAAGUUGCUGUUGGAUCGGUUGAAUUGAUAAUUGUGCAGUAAAAACUGAAGUAUUGAAGUAACAUAGGAUACCUCUUUUCUGCAGGCAAAUUAGAUCUCAGACCAUGCAUUCUGUUUCUAUUAGAGAAAAUCUCAGAUGUACUUCUUGCAUUCUUCUUUUAGUUAAUCAAACACUUGUGUGUUGCAUAUAUUUCUCCAUUCUAUUCUCUAUUUCACCAUUUUGUAUAUGGGGAAAUAUUGGCUAUUUCACUUUUUGAUAGUUUUGGAGUGUUCUUCAUACACGGAAGUGUGUCAUUAAGUAAAAGAAUUACCAGAAAACUGAUUUGAUUCUGUAUUUAAAAAUUUAAUGACCUCAACCUUAAAAUCAAACUAACUUUUGCUUAUCAGGGUGAAGAAUAACAUUAUUGCAGGAGUUAUUUCAAGACAACCUAAUUUAAAAUAAUCAAACUGUUAUGCUUCAGCUUGCUUACUAUUUGUUAUUUUAAGCCAUUUGUAUAUAAAAUGUACUGUGCAGCCUGUAAAUAAAAUACCAUGAAAGCUUAAA